UGUGCAGAUAUCUAUGGUUUCAACACACAGCAUUUCCUGUGAAUUUAGGGGCAACUAGCAUACUAGCUAGCAAAGAGCAAACAUGGCUGCGCGACAAUUCAGUAAAGUUAGCUAAUUAGCUAGCCUCAAAGUAAACAAAACAGAACCAAAAUAAAGGAAUAGGUUACAUGCCUGAAAACAAUGCAAAGCUAGCAGCAACGCCGGGAAGUGGUGCGUUUAUGCUAACGCAUGUCGUGUGUUUACAAGCUAACAUGGACCUUGGAUCAAUGCUGUACAACAAUUUGAAAGAUAUAUCAUGGAGCACGACGUCUUUACCCUUAGAUCGACUUGUCAGUGUUUAUAGACUGCCGCAAAUUGUGAAGUUGGACAGUGGUGAGUUGGUGGACGGCUUACGAGACAAUGACUACCUCUUGAUUCAUUCCUGUCGUCAAUGGACUACAAUCACUGCACACAGUCUGGAAGAAGGCCAUUAUGUCAUUGGGCCCAAAAUAGAGAUCCCGGUACAUUAUGAGGGUCAGUUUAAGCUGCUGGAGCAGGACAGAGAUGUCAAGGAGCCGGUGCAGUACUUCAACAGCGUGGAGGAGGUGGCCAAAGCAUUUCCCGAACGGGUGUAUGUCAUGGAGGAAAUUACGUUCAAUGUGAAGAUGGCUUCGGGCGAAUGCAACGAGGACACGGAGGUGUACAACAUCACACUAAGCACCGGUGAUGAGCUCACCCUCAUGGGCCAGGCAGAGAUCCUCUACACCAAGAUGUCCAAGGAGAAGUCGCGCUUCAACACCAUCUUCAGGAAAAUCGGCAAGCUCAACUCCAUCAGCAAGAUGGCGAGCCGUGGCAAGAUGCCCUGCCUCAUCUGCAUGAACCACCGGACCAACGAGAGCGUCAGCCUGCCCUUCCAGUGUAAGGGUCGCUUCAGCACCUGCAGCCCCCUAGAGCUCCAGAUGCAGGAGGGCGAGCACACCAUCCGUGACAUCGUGGAGAAGACCCGGCUGCCCGUCAACGUCAGCGUGCCCGGCAGCCCGCCGCGCAACCUGCACGACCUCCACCUGAUCCGCGAGGGCCACCGCUACAAGUUGGUCAACAUCCAGACCAAGACGGUGGUGGUGGGCUGCGUGCUACGCAGCAGUAAGAUCAUCCCCGUCCACUUCCCGCUCCACAUGGCCUCCAUGCCCAAGUUCAUCAUCCCUGAAGGGUUGCUUCAGAACGAGCUGUGGCUGGACACCAUGGUGCACCGCUGGUUCACCUACUGCCAGGAGCAGUUUGACAUUGACGACUAUUCCCGUGCCGUGCGUAAUGUCAGGACCGACUGGAACGACGUUGAUGGGAAGAUCCCCAAGAAGAGUAGUGGUGGUAGUGGCAGCAGCAGCAAUGGCUGCCCCUCCCACAUGCACAUGCCCAGCUCUCUCACGUACGCUCGCGACGAGCUUACCCAGUCAUUCCACCGGCUCUCGGUGUGUGUCUACGGCAACAACCUACACAGCAACAGUGAGGUCAACCUGCAGGGCUGCAUGACGUUGUGUGGAGACUGGGCACUGCUGCCAUCCGAGGGCGUACCGGCUGAUUCGGUCGACACAGAGUACCUCUUCCCUGAGCUGCUGGAGAACAUGAGCCAGUCCGUCCUCCUGAAGUCGGAUGUUCGCUACGAGGAGCUGUGGCUGGACCACUUGAGAUCAAGUCGGGUAGGAGGAGGGCACAGUGUAGGUGGCGAGGAUCCAAGAGGCACCAUCGGCACCUCCAUGGCGGUCAUAUCGUGCCCCGUCUCCUCCAGUCAUGUGGGUCCAAUGGUCAGCUCUGAAAUCUGUCUAGCUCCGCCCCCAGUCCCUCCAAAGUCUGAAGCUGUGAAGGAAGAAUGCCGUCAUUUGAACGCCCCUCCCAUUCCCCCCCGAAGUUCCAAGCAGAUGAUGUCCACCCCAACGCCGGCUGUAGCGAAGGCUCGGCAGACGGAAACGCGCUCUCCAAGCCCUAUUCUCUCUUAUUAUUCCUCAGGCCUACACAGCAUCAGUGGAGGAGAGAAUGACGUGACCGAGGCGGAUGAGCAGAACCACGUGUGUUACCCCUGUAACUGGGUCAAGGCCAACGAGGAGUGCCCGACAACGUCCCACAUGAGCCCACCACUCGACGGCGUGCUCUCCUGCCCUUCUAGACUAUCGUGGCCCAACGACUUUUGUGGAGGGGAUUCUCAAGGCAUGGAGGAGUUCCUGCCCAUCCACUGUCGAAGUUACUACAGCUAUCCCAGAAAAAGACCCUCUGGCACGCCUAAGUCUCCAUGCACUUCCAGCCUUUUUUACUUUGAUAGAAGAGAGCAGACUGAAGGCGGUAGCGCCGUCCCCUUGAACUCCCACAAAGCCUCGUACACUAAUCAGUUUUGCACCAAGUCGACAUGCUACACCCUGGAAAUGUACAGAGACAAUACGAUAGAAGAAUGUAACACUAAACAAAGCCUGUUGUGCCCCAUCUUGCCACCGAGGAUGCCCAAAUCAAACGAGACAUGUAAAGUUACAGAUGCAGUUGAAGGUACGGAGCAGGACACUCUAAAGUGCCUGGUCAGCCAACAACAUGAUCAGGUCACGACGACUGAAAUAUUCUCCAUCCCCUAUCCCCCCCCACUGCCCUCCCCCUCCCUACAAGCCCCUGGAGGACAAUGGCAACCACCCACCAAUCUUUCUGGACUCUCCAUCGAAGAGGUGUCCAAAUCGUUACGGUUCAUCGGCCUCUCCGACGACAUUGUGUCUUUGUUCGUGACAGAGAAAAUCGACGGGAAUCUACUCCUGCAGUUUACGGAGGAGAUUCUGACGGAGGACUUCAAGUUAAGCAAACUUAAAGUGAAGAAACUAAUGCAGUUUAUUAAUGGUUGGAGGCCUAAAAUAUAGCCAACAACAGUUUUGUACUCAAAUGCUAUGGGGGUUAUUUCAUAUAGAUUUCCCUAAACAUUCUGAAACAACUCUGCACAUUCUAGUUCUUUGAGAAAGAUAACACUUGAGUUGGGCAUAGUAUAUAAAUUACUAUAUACCCUCUCUCAGUAACCCAUGCUCAACGUUAAGCUUUCUAGUUUAUCCAGAAAACAAAGAGUAAUCUCGAAGGUGGCUGCCUAACUUGUUGAUCCAGCUCUCCGAAGUCCAACCCUGGUAAUCAUUAGUUGUCUAUGUAACAGGGAUGUGUUGUGUAUUAACUCUUGUCAUAUAUAUAUAUAUAUAUAUAUAUGAUUUUCUCCUCUUUAGGGACAUUCUCUCACAACUCCGUUACUAAUUGCUUUAACCCAAAGCCUUUCCACAGGAGUAAUUUGAGGUUAUUCAUGAAAGUUUGCGAUCCAAGCGAUGGCAUUUAACUAUAAUUUAUACGUGUGUGCUUCUUGUAAUGCUGAAUUAAUAUGCAAGUAACAACCACCAAUACAAUUUAACUUCAUAUUCUGCAUAAUGAAAUGCACUUGAGUAAAACCGCCUUUGCCAGUACGAAUGGACUGUGGCAAUCAACUCAUGACAAGUGUAAACAUUUUUUAUUUUAACCAACGUUGAAUUUGUGUGUAAUGGUUAAAGGGGAAGCAUUUGGGAUCAAGCAACUACUACCGGGAUGUACCAUUGCUGAAGGACAAUGGUUUGACAAAAAUGAAACGGAGAACUUGUUAUUUAGACUAAGGAUAUGUUACAUGGGUGUUCAUAAGAGUAUUUAAUGACAACUAGCCAUUGAUUCAUUUUAUAUAAAAACUGGGAUAACAAUAUUUUCCCUUAUUGUGCACAUUCACAAAUACAGAUUCUGACUUGAGACUGACCUGACUAAUCUGCCUUCAUUUAACCCACCAUAGACCUUUAAGUAUACUACAUUUAGCUGGGGUUCAAGGUGGUGCAGCGUAACAAUGUUCAGAUAGAUAUGUAUUGUAUAGCACAGAUGAUUCUUGUAUAGAAACGUGAAUCAUGUUAGGUAUAUUUGUAACAUUUAUCUGCAACAUUUCACCUUACUGAAUACACCUCAGGUGUCAAUUUACUGUAAUGUUAUGCAAGUGAUAAAAGGGAUGUUAUGACCGUAAAUGUAAAAUUGACCAGUAGCACAGGACCAUGAACUGGAAAAUGCCUCGACAAACUGUCAUGGGAAAACUGACUAACUUUUAUGAACAACCCCCAUUAUAUUUUCACCUAACUCCAUUUCUAUGGUUGUGUAUGAUCAAUAAAAAUGGACACGUCUUA